AUGUCCUGGGGAAACCGCUCAGUGUGGUUGGAAUUCGUGUUCCUGGCCUAUCCCUCCAAGCCAGAGCCACGCGCCUUGGCCUUCCUUGGGGCCAGCCUGGUUUAUACAUGGGUCAUCACCGGGAACGUCCUCAUCAUGGUGGCCAUCCAGACCAAAGCCUGCCUCCACACGCCCAUGCACUAUUUCCUGGGCAGCCUCUCGGGAGUGGAGAUCGGCUACACGGCUGCGGUGGUGCCCCACCUCCCGGCCAACGCCCUGCGGGCGGAGAAGACCAUCACCCUGCUGGGCUGCGCCACUCAGAUGGGCUUCUUCAUCAGACUGGGCGGCGCCGACUGCCUCCUCUUGGCCUCCGUGGCUAUGAAUGCUCCCAGGUGGCACGAGAAAGAAUCUGAAUGGAAACCUGCCCACAUAAGAGCGCCACUGUUCGCCUGA